AUGGAUGCACACUCACAAGACAUCAAAAUCAAUCUGUCCGAGGUGGUACCGCGUCAAAACCUCAACAGAGAUGCGUUGAUCCAAAAGUUCCCGCGCAGCCGCGGCAAGAUCCCGGCGCUCGAGGGCGACAACAUCAAGCUGACCGAAGUACCGGCAAUUGCCUAUUUUCUGGCCAAGGCCAAGGCGGGCAGCCUGCUCGGGGACGGCUCGCUGGAGCAAGAGGCUGAGGUCCUGUCCUGGGUCAACUGGGCCAACCAAGAGAUGCUCGUCAUCAUGAGCAAGUGGUUUCUGCCGCUCAUCCCCGGACUGGCCCGGCCCGCGCCGUACGACAAGGCCGCCAUCGAGGCGGGCAAGGUCGCCACGCUGGCGUUCCUCGACCAGCACGAGACGGCCAUGAAGGACAAGGAGUUUCUUGUCGGUAACGGCUUCACCCUGGCCGACAUAUUCGUCGCCAUUUACAUCUCGCGCGGGCUCGAGUGGAUUCUCGGCGCCGAGUGGCGCCGGCAGCAUCCGGCGACCAUGAAGCACUUUCGCAAGGUCGCAGACUGGGAGCACUGCAAGGCGAUUGUGCCCGUGUUUAAGCAGGUCGAUGUGGAAGUGCCAAACGUCAACCCGUACGCUGCUUAG